AUGAGCAAUCAACCAGAGCGUCCCGACGUGAAGCUCCACGCCAAGUCGGUCUUUCUCUCCGCCUGCUUCUUCGUCAACCUCCUCUUCAUGCCCCUCAAAGGCUACCUCUCCGAAGUUUCCCCGUUUGCGUCCGACGCAUCGUACGACCGCGUCCAGAUUGGCCAACUGACCUUCGACGCGUCCGAGUUUGCCCAGUACCUUCCGUUGCUCUACAAUGCGUCGACAAUCGACCCGGGGGUCGUGUACUUUUACGACAGUCAGUACGGCGUCGACGUGAUGCGAUCCGUCGUCAAGGACGACGCGCAGGGGACGUUGAACCCGGUCUACAGCAUACUGGGCGUGCCUUACUUCCCUGCCGACUUGAAGCAAUCGUGGCCACGAGUGCUGACGAACAACAGCAGCAUCGAGCCUCUCACGAUCAUCGCGUGGAACAUCACGGUGCUAACGGCGCCGGCGUCCAUGUCUGUGAUCUGGGUCGUUCCUGGAAACGACUUGGUGGAUUGCAGCCAAGCAACAAAGGCUGUCUCGACGGUGUACUACGUGUAUCGCCCCGUGGUCAAGAUCUUGUUCUGGCGCCUCUUCAAGGCCUUCUAUCGCCUGUGCUUGGUCGUGUGGAUCUUUGUAUUGACCACCAAGCACUACUACUGCCACGUGCGCCACCUCCACACGAGCCUACAGAUCGCGCCGCUCCAUGCCAAUUCGAGGGCCGCGCGGUACGAGAUAGUCGUUGGCGAGCCGACGUGCCUCGUUCUGUCCAGUCCAUGGCUGUGUCUGAUGUUUGUGAUGGACAUUUGCGCCAGCACAGAGUACGUGGGUCAGGCGUGUUUGCGCGUCUGUCAGACGGAGAAUUGGUUCUACUUUGCUUUGGGACUGUUGUAUUUGGGCCGGACCGUCUGGUGCGCCUACACGACGCUGACGUUGCUCAACGUGGUGUUGAAGCAUUUCAACAAGGCGUCGUUUUUCACACCAGCCAACACGACGAUCUUGGCCAUGGUCGCGACCUGUGCUGGCGGCGGCGUUGUGGCCAUCCAAAAGCAGUGGCCACAAGUGCUCGACUUGUACACCACCUUGUUUCUUCCGAAUGAGAUUUGCACGGGUGGCUCGGUGUAUCCGUUGUUUCAACACGCUCCCGACUUCCAGGCGCAGUGCACCAUCAGUCAGCGCGGCGGCGACUGCUACGUGCUCAGCUACGACAAGCACGACCGCCUUAUCGAGGUGACUCGCGUGACAUUGGCAUCGCAAAUCGACCGUUGCAUGGUCGCCCAUCCGUUGCAAAUCAACGAAGUCACGACGGCAGCUGCCGUCGGUCGCUUGGUCGUCACCAAGAGAGACGACAUGUUUAGCACUGCCAUGUUCCACCGUGGGUUGGCCGAUUCGCCAUGGGUCGCGUAG